GAGAGAAUGUAAACAGAGAGCUCACGGCGAGGCUGGGAGAGGAGAGAGAGUGAGAGUGAGAGUGAAUUCCCUUCUCGCCCUUAUACCGGAGAGCAGAGAGGGGAGAGUGUGAGAGGUGAGAGGGGAAGAAGAGUGAGUGACAGAAGAGAAAGAGAGGGAGAGAAGUGAGAAGAGAAGUGAGAGAGAGAGAGAGAGAGAGAGAGAGAGAGAGAGGAAUAAGAAGAGCGAAGAGAAAGUUAAGAAGAAAAGAGGAAAAACGAAGAUGCUAAGAAGAUAAACACACACACACACACACAAAUUCUUGAAAGUGAAAUAGAAAAAAACAGAAAGAAAAAAAUGAUAAAUGAUCUUAAUUUUAACACCGAAAUGAAGAAAGUAACCAGUCGAGAGAUUGUGAACGAGAAAAGUAACGAGUGAACACACACACACACACACACACACACACACACACACACACACACACAUCUUUAUCUCGUAGUGUCAGCGGCCGCAGCCAUGAGUGCCGCGCGGUGCCUGGGUGUCUGGCAAUGCACCACCUCCCCUCCACCCUAGCCCCCUCCCCUAGGACACUUACUCCUCUGCUGGGAGGCCGUGGCACUGUGCCCUCCCCCGCCAGGCUGUGGCUCGACAAGCGGUGGAGUGCCUCAGUGUCGUGGGUGUUGCCGCAGGGACAUGAGACUGGCAUUAAUAUAUAUAACAGCACCACCAAGACCAAGGUACCACUGAGGACGCACCACCCUGGCCUCCUCACCUGGUACAACUGCGGCCCAACUGUGUAUGAUUCAGCACAUAUUGGCCAUGCUUUGUCAUACAUCAAGAUUGACAUCAUCCGUCGCAUCAUGACUCGAGUGUUUGACCUCAAUGUUAUCUUGGUCAUGGGUAUCACUGACAUCGAUGACAAGAUUAUCCAUCGCUCCCAGGAGCUCCAGGUCAGCUUUCGGGAGAUCACGGAGUAUUAUGAGCAGGAGUUCUUCACGGACAUGGACCGGCUGAGGGUGUGGCGGCCGUCCCUGGCACCGAGGGUCACCGAACACGUGCCGCACAUCAUCGCCUUCACCCAGGGCAUCCUCGAUCGCGGCCUGGCCUAUGUAGCGGCUGAUGGCUCGGUAUACUUCAACACCAACGCAUAUGGUCGGUAUGGCAAGCUGUUCCCAGUGCAGGAGGACGAGGGGACAGCAGCGGCGACAGCGACAGCGGCGGCGACGGCGGGGAUAAAGAAAUCACCGCGGGACUUUGUGCUGUGGAAGAAGGCCAAGAAGGGAGAGCCGUCCUGGCCUUCCCCCUGGGGCCGUGGACCAGGCUGGCACAUUGAGUGUUCCGCUAUGGCCAGCCACAUACUGGGAGUGCCGCUGGACUUGCAGGGGGGAAUAGACCUGCGCUUCCCCCACCACGAGAAUGAGGAGGCCCAGUGCUGCGCCUUCCACAACACCCAGCAAUGGUGUAACUACUGGCUGCAUGUAGGACACCUCCACAAGCGGCGAGAGAAGAUGUCUAAGUCCCUGUACAACACCAUUAGCGUGGAGGCCCUUCUGCAGCAACACUCUGUCAACACCUUUCGUCUCUUCUGCCUCCUCUCCCACUACAGAAACAACGUGGAGUUUGGGCCGACCUCGCUGGACCAGGCUAAGGUGUACAUGAGGAAGAUUCGCUCCUUCCUGCAUGACGCCUACGCUUACAUCAAUGGCCAGCUCAAAUGUGCUCCCCUAGAUGAGUUCGCACUGAAGAUGAAACUGGUUGAGACGCGGGCCAGGGUGAAGCGCUCCCUGGCUGACGACUUUGACACAGCCCGGGCGGUGGAGGCUGUCAUGGAACUUAUCACUCUUGGCAACAGGGAGCUCAAGAAACAGUCCCAGGGCAGCAGUCUGGACAGGAGUGCCGGCAGCAUGGCCGCCAUCUGUAGCUACAUUCACUAUUUGAUGGAGGACGUCUUUGGCAUUCAUUUCCCCAGUGUGAGUGACGCCUCCAACCUGUCCCUGGAGUCUGGAGGCCGUCUGUUCCAGGUGAUGAAUGCUGUGCUGGAGCUGAGGGACAGAGUGAGGAAGUUUGCACUGCUGCAGGACACAGAUGGAGAGCCUGGCCUGAAUGAGGAGGAGGUGAAGGCAAGGAAGAGAGAGAGAAUGCCACUCCUGCAUGCCUGUGACCACCUGAGGGGGGAACUGCUCAAGAGUGGCCUGCAGAUCAAGGACCACAAGGGCAACACCUCCUGGUCCAUUGCUGACGAGACAACAGAGCAGAAGAAAGGAGUGUGAAGAAGAGGAAGAGGAAGACGUGGAUAUAGAAGAGGAGG